GUGACUGUCGUUUGAAACGGUUGGAUUUUCCGGAGUCGCGUAGUCUCGUCAAAGUUUGAAUCGCCGGCGGUUGAGUUGUUCUUGCGUGUGUGUGUGUGUGUGUGGGUGUGUGCAGUGUGAAACCGGAUGUCCAAGUGGACCGUUUAGUGGCGCCAGGCAGGACUUCCGGUUAUAUAGACUACGUUGGUGGAGUGGAGAUAUUGUCUGGAAGGUGGAAAUUUAAUUAAAUAUUAAAAAUGAGUGACCUACAAUGAGUUUAUGAACAAGUGAACAAGUUAAUGAGGAUGCUUGGAAGACUUCCAGGGGCAGUGAGGAUGGCUAGGAUGACGAUGACGAUGAUGAUGAUGAUGAUGGACAGCGAUUUGUUGAUGAGCGCACACACGGCUUGGUUGAACUAGGUCGAAGGUGUUGGUUUAAGUCUGAUGUCAACGGGGAAAUUUGUUUACAAAAGAGGAAUGGCUUUCACAGUCAAACUCAAGUAAACAAUCCAGCAAUUCUGUGAACUAUCAUCGGCCAGAAUAACGGUCGAUGCAUUCGCACUGGUCAGUGAUGGCAGUGAACGCAACCACGGCAUCGAUCACGAUCAACUACACGGCUUCGUUCACGACCGUGUACCAGGAGAUCUUCGUGAAUCUGCAAAUCGUCAACGGAGAUCUGUUCAACUUUAGCGAGCGGAUCGUGGUGGAUUCCCCCAACAGCUCGUCGCAGUCCUUCACGCACGACACUGCCAGGGAUCGUGAACGGGACGAUGAGGACGACUGUACCAGGAUCUGUCUGUCGUGGGAGAAGAUGCUGCUGGUGGUGCUGUUCUGUACGCUGAUCGUCAUCACGGUGAUUGGCAACACUUUGGUUAUUCUGUCGGUGGCCACCACCCGGCGGUUGCGAACCGUCACCAACUGCUUCGUGAUGAGUCUUGCCGUGGCCGAUUGGCUCGUGGGGAUCUUCGUGAUGCCACCGGCCGUGAUGCUCUUUGUCGUGGACAAGUGGCAGCUAGGUUGGAUCCUCUGUGAUAUUUGGAUUUCACUCGACGUCCUGCUGUGUACGGCAUCCAUCCUGAGUUUGUGCGCCAUCAGCGUCGAUAGAUAUUUGGCAGUUACACAACCUUUGACAUACUCCAAGCGGAGGCGGUCUAAACGGUUGGCAUUGCUGAUGAUUUUCGUUGUAUGGCUGGUGGCACUUGCCAUCACGUGUCCUCCGAUUUUGGGAUGGUACGACCAGGAUCGCAGCCGGAACGAGUGCCAGUACAACCAGAACAAGGGCUACGUCGUGUUUUCGGCGAUGGGCUCUUUCUUCAUUCCGAUGAGCGUGAUGCUGUACGUGUACUCGAAGAUAUGCUACGUGUUGACGUCACGGCAGCACCGGAUUUCACGGACCGAGGCUACUGAGAAAAGCUGUGAGGUCGAAGCGGACAAUUAUACAUCUGAAAUGGACACCAGCCCGAAACAGCAAUCCGGCGGCGGUGGCUUGGGUUAUCUGGGACGAAAUUUGUCCUCCACAUACGUCGCCCAAUCGCAUCAGACGUUGUACGAGUUUCUGAGUUCGGCUCGGGCCACACCAAACGCCCAACGGCACCAGCUGGCCACACCGACGGCCCGGUUGACCACCCUGGGAUGUCACGCCGGAAGCAGCACCAACACCAGUGCCAGCGGGAACGAAGGUACGGGCAAGUACCGGAACAACUACGAGAUGCGGCCAAUCAACACGGUCCAGUUCAGCGCCAGCCAGAUCUCGCUCGCGGAGUCGUGCGUGUCCAACGUGACCACGAGCCACGCCAAGGUGCGUGUCCACCACGGCAAGCGGAUGCCGAUGCGGAUUUCGUCCCUCAAGCGAGAAACGAAAACGGCCCAAACGCUCAGCAUGGUCGUCGGUGGGUUCAUUGCCUGCUGGUUGCCCUUCUUCGUAUACUACCUGAUUAUGCCCUUUCUGCCGGAACGAUCCAAGAGCAAACACCUGAUGGAGUUCCUUACGUGGCUUGGCUGGAUCAACAGUGCCAUCAAUCCGUUCAUCUACGCGUUCUACAACGUCGACUUUCGGAUCGCCUUCUGGCGGUUGACGUUCCGGAAGUUUUACAAAAGUAAGCCUAAUCUGGCGUACUUUAAGCCAUAGAGACGAUGAGUUGUUAUACGCAAGGGAUGAUUGUAGGAAUGUUUGGAAAUAUUUUUGGUAAUUGAACAAACAUCACAUGACAUUGUACAUUGUACUGUCGAGUAACAAUGUUUUGCUUCGAAUUAGCACUGCCAGAAUUAUGUCUUUGUAGUUUGAAAAAUAGUAAAAAAAUAGAUGUCUUCAAAGAGAUUUUUUUACAAGACAAUACAAACAAAUUUGACAGCUGCAAAAAAUUUGCUAAUUCUUAAGCUUCAGAAAACUUUUUCACAAAACGAAAAAUGUAACAAAGCUGGCCUCUCCAGCUACCUCUCAACACUCCGGAAUUUCCUUAAUAGUUAAUCGUUGUCUUGGGAUUUGCAAAAUAGUUGCUGCUGUCAAAAUGCUUUUAAAUGAUGCUCCAGAAAUAACCAUAUCUCUGCUACAAAAUAGGUGAUUUUAACAUCCCAUGUUGAUUUAUAAAUCAUAUCGCAUUCCAGGAAACUUCAACAACAAAAUCUCCAACUAAUUGUAAAUAAUUAGUUAAUAAACAGUAGAAUUUCCGUAUGGUCAGGAUAAAUUGCAUGAAAAAGUGAAUGUAAAAAUAAAAAUUUAAGCACUCAUCCCCGUAGCAGAUGAAAGCAUUAGGAUUAAACCCUCGUCAAAUAUUCCCACAAUCUCCUGCUCGUGUGACGGACUCGUCAUCAGCAAACACCGUACGCAGCAGUACAAAACGUGGCAGCUUCACUGAUUUACCGUGAUGGUUGAUAUCAAAGUGACAUUAAAUUAGUACUUAAGUGAGGAGAAAAUAGAAGAGCUUUUCGUCAAAAUCUCAAUGUAGUAGACAUUAGCAAAUUAUAGACUCUCAAAAUGAUUGUUAAAAAAUAAUUAUAGAAGCAAAGAUAUGAAAUAUCUCGUACGGUGGAAUACAGAGCACAACAUCUACACCAAAUAAAUAACAUGCCAUCCAACCAAAAAGGGUGGGUUAAUUAUUUCGCUGCUCUUGAAGCAAGAAUGGUUGCGCAAUUUGGAACAGAUUGGUUCCAAGAAAUUGUCGAUUAAAAUUAAGUGUAAG